GCUCGAGCCCGAUGUAGUGGUUCUCCUCAUCAGCGAGCUCGUUCAGCUGGGCUUGUUUCCCGAAACUCUGUGCUCGUCAUCCUUGCGAUUUGCAGCUGCCCUGGCGCGGCAGACGAGGCGUUUCCAUCUGCGCAAGAUGAAUCUGACAUCGGCAGAGGUGCAAACUGCGCUGCGCCAGCUUGGCAAACUAGAUGCCUUUCUCGUCGAGGACUGCACUUUGGGGGCAGAGGGCUUCAAGCAGCUGGAAGAGGUCCUUCGGAGCUGUUUUGAGCUGUCGUUUAUCCGCUGCCCCCUGGGUGCCUUGCCACCCCGACUCACCGAGCUGGCUCCCCGCGCAUUGCGGUUCCGGAACUGCAAACUAGAUGCAGACGCCUUGGCCGAGAUGAGCACAGCGGUCAGGGCCCGCCCGGAGCUUGGGGCAGUAGAGCUUCUGGCGGCAUUGCCCGGCGCCGGCACGGAAGGAGAGGGCCCGGCCCCAUCGCUGGUCAGCCAGAGGAUGGCCCUGAACCUUCUGGCUCUGGACCUUUCGGAAAAUCACCUGGCAGGCGCCGGCCGCACCAUGGCGCUUCUCCUCCGCUACUGCCACCAGCUUGCGCUGCUCCAACUGGAAGACUGUGGACUAAGCUUGGAAGACCUCACGCUGCUCUCCCGGGCAUUGGCUCGCUCUCGUGUGGAGCGACUUGACCUGGCCGGCAACAACCUGCGGCGCGAGGGUCUCCUCAUCGUGGCCAGGAGCCUACCCAGCUCCCACGUACAAGACUUGGGCCUUGAACGGAACGAAAUCGCCAUGGGCGAUGCACUUAGCGAGUUGAAGAGGGCGCAUGACAAAAGGCCCUUCCCAGGCUUGCGGCUGCAGGGUAAUCGUCUCUCCUCCACCGAGCAGACGGCCUUUGCAGCCUCAUUGCAGGCCGCCAAAUUGCGGUUGGCUGGCACUUUCUGCCCGCCGGGCUGUAAGUGCUUCGAAGGUCGUGGUGAAGUGAUGUGA